GCGCUGUUAUCAGCGAGUCCUGCUCCACUCCCAGCAUAAAGCCAGUCAAUUUAUGGAAAGACAAGCCGACCCCUUAAUGGUGCCCAUCAAAACCACUAAAAACAUCAUCAGACUGUCCGACUUCCGCGAGGAUUCCUUUGGCGGACGUAUGCAACCUCCUCCCAGCUGACAGACUGCGACCAAAACAAACACACGGAGAGACAUUUUGGGGGUUUCAUCGGGCUCUCAACUUCCCAAGAGACAACAAGUUCGGUUUUUUCCUCAAGUUUUCCGAGUCUUCUUCUUCAUCCAGGAUUCUUUAGGAGAAAGAGUCAAAAGUGGCCUGGCUCCAGUCUACGACCAGUCCGAUCUGCGCCUUAAUUUACUCUAAACGGUUCAAAUCAAUUUUUUCUUAUUUAAGAGAGAUUGGCGGUUCAUGUUCACAAAUGUUAGCGGUCGGGCAGAUGGAGGCUAACCGGCAGAGUGCUUUCGUCCUGGGCAGCACCCCGCUGGCGGCGUUGCACAAUAUGACCGAGAUGAAGACGUCCCUGUUCCCGUACGCGCUGCAGCAGACCCCGGCGGGCUUCAAAGCGCCUUCGCUGUCAAACCUCAACUCCCAGCUUGGCGGCGGGACCCCGCACGGAAUAAGCGACAUCUUGGGGAGACCCAUCACUACUGCUGGCCAGCUGCUGUCCGGCUUCCCCCGGAUAAACGGCCUGGCUACCACCGCGGCUGCCGCAGCGGCGGGGAUGUACUUCAGCCCGGCGGUGUCGCGGUAUCCCAAACCCCUGGCCGAGCUGCCGGGGAGGGCGCCCAUCUUCUGGCCCGGGGUGAUGCAGGGUUCUCCGUGGAGGGAUCCGCGGGUUCAUUGUCCGACUCAAGCAAGCAUCAUGGUGGACAAGGAUGGCAAGAAGAAACACUCCAGACCGACAUUUUCAGGACAGCAGAUUUUUGCACUGGAAAAAACUUUCGAGCAGACAAAAUACCUGGCCGGUCCAGAAAGAGCCCGCCUGGCCUACUCUUUGGGGAUGACGGAGAGUCAAGUCAAGGUUUGGUUCCAGAACAGGAGGACCAAAUGGCGGAAGAGACACGCAGCAGAAAUGGCCUCCGCCAAGAAGAAGCACGACUCGGAGACGGAGAAAAUGAAGGAGAGCUCGGAUAACGAGGACGACGACGAGUACAACAAACCGCUGGACCCAAAUUCAGAUGACGAGAAAAUCACGAGACUGUUGAAAAAGCACAAAGCCACCAACCUGGCGCUGAUCAGCCCGUGCAGUAACAGCUCGGACACCUUGUGAUGCCCAUAGCUGGGGUGGGGGCCCAAAGCAAAGCAGAGGGGGACCAAAAGAAAAAAUAAAGAAAAGAAAAGAAGGGUCCAGCCAAGAGACCUGUCGCACUCUUUUCCGACCCAGUUUUCACCUGAUUUUUUUUUAUGAACAUGCGUCUGAGAGAGGGAGGGGGAAUCGCGUAAUGCGUAAAAACAGUGUGCGCAAAGACGCACAGAAGACUAGUUCACCAAACCGAGGCCAGAGACCCACCUGCGGACACGGAGCUAUAAAUAAGUUCAGAACCGGACUCCAAGAAAAGUGAUUGUGACAAGUGUUGGUCAGGUGAAAGGACAAAUAUACUGAGGAAGGAAGUUGCUUUUGGAUGCUCACGUGGAGUUUUAACAGCAGAUGUAAAUGUAAAAAUAUUCUUUACACACAGUCCGGAUCAGUGUGUGUGACUCUUUACAUUUAAGCCACAAGGACACCCCCCCCAUUUUACAUCAAGUUUAAAAGCUUUAGAAGAAUUCUUAAUUAAUAUUAUUUUGUCUGAAGAAAACGAUCAUUUUCUAUAUUUAAAUUUUUAUCUCAAUAAAAAUUAUUCUUAAAAAAUAAAUAGCAACUUAUUAAAAAAAAAUACAGCUUCAUCACAAAUUUAGCUUUAACACAAUCUUUUUUUUUUAUUAUUAUUUUUUUGAUUUUUGACUGAAAGGUUUUACACACAGCUCCCUCGCCCUUCAGUCCACACUGAUCCGGAUCCCAGACGCAUGUUUUCCUAAAAGAACUGCAGGUGUAAACGGGGCCUGUGAUGCUUCUAAAGCUCAGUUUAACCAGGGUAUCCACUGUCCUAAAGAGGCAAGAGAAUCACAUGUUUGAGACGAGUGAGUGAUUUGCGCUGUAGCCGUGAGGAUGUAUAUAUAUUUUUUACUGAAUAAGUUAUGUUCUAAGCAGCGGGAACGCGGUAGCCCUCUUCCUCUUCCUCCUCCUCCUCCUUCCCUCAAAUUUAUCUGCUGCUUCGUUUUUAUUCUUGCAGAAAAUUUCCUCCACCUUUUAUUUUAUGAGUCUCGCGUGCGCACAGAUAGAUGCAAAAUGCUGUAAAUAAUUAUUGUAAAAGAGAGAGAAAAAAGC